AUGGAGCCCUUUGAUCUUGAUCUGUUGCAAGAGGGAGGCUGGAGUGAUGUACUGUGGAGUUUGAAGCGCUAUGCUCCAGAUGGAUACAAAUUUGCUGUUAAGCGAACGCCUCAUGAAAUAAAAAGCGACGUUCUGAACUCCAGACGUGUUCAACAUGCUAUACAAAAGGUAAUUAUGAUUUCUGUACCAAUUUCGCGCCAUAAGAAACCUUGCAGAUUCUGUGACACAGGAAAUGAAGAAGUAUAUAUUACACAGCUGUUUUACUUGGGAAAGGCCAGAAAACGGAUUAUUUUUCUGUAUACGUAGUCGUGAAACUUAGUCUCGGUUAUGGGUUUUGAUUAAAAAUUUUGAUUAAAUACUGCAUUCUGGACGUAUAGCUCACAGUUAUCUACAAUGAGUGGAGAAAAGGAGAGGAAAGAUUGUGGAACCCUGGAGAGGGAGGGAAGUCGCAGGGGUGGGGUGGAGAAUUUAACCCGGUGAAACCCCGGAGAGUUUUUUAACGGGUUUAAACAAGACGCCAGAUCUUUGUAUUUUAACAAAUAAGUAAGCAAUUGAAGGAAGUUUCAAAGUUUUAGUCUACAGUAGAAAACACCAAAGAGGUAAACAGUGUUCUCCCCAAAUUUUAGCUCAGCAGGUAAGGGACCAUUCAUGGCCAUUAAGGCAAAAAAUAUGUGCCAGAGGUGCACUUUCCUGGGGGGAGGUGGGCAGUGGAGUGAGGGACAUGACUUCGACCUCGCUGUGAAAUUUAGGAGCUAAGUUCUCGGAAAUGUCAUUCCCUCAUUUUACGACUUAUUUUACGCAAAUCAGCCGUUAUCUUUAGACAGCUAUCUAAAACGUUUGAUUCCAAUAAUUUAUUUUACUCUAUCUUCAAUGCUCUCUUUCCAAAAUGUGUGGCCCAUAAAGAGAAAAGCUGGGAAUACUUUAUUGCACUUCCAUAUAUUCAUUCAUUGCCUUGAUCAGAUCGGAUAACAACCUCUGUAUUUUUUACAACAACUUAUUUAAUUUUAGUAAACCUUCAAGAGAUUGCAGACAGUAAGAAGUGUUGUUUCAGAUGGUACAUUUUACCGGUAAAUGCCUGAUAAGGAGAACACUGGGUAAAACAAAUUAUGAAAUAAAGUAUUAUGUAUAGUUUUUAGAGAUGGGUUUAGAUUGAAGAGAUAAGGAUGCCAUAUGACAAACAAACUUGAACAAUUUAGCCUAAUUCAGGAUCUGCCUAUUUUCAAUUCAAAGUAGACAGACUGCAAAUUAUAGUAGUUGCUAAAAAAUAUAUCUACAUGUCCCAACCGUUAAUCAGUAGGAUGCCUAAAAUGGGUGCAAUUCCACAAUUGGUUUCGUCUCCAUAACAGAAGAACAUAGGGGUAUUACCACUCCCCACUGGAUAGAAAGCUAGUCUAUCGCAGGGUUAUACCCACCAGUUUGCAAUCAGCACUCAUUUAUACACUGCAGUGAAGUGAGACAUGCAGUAGAGAGAGAAGGCGUUGCCAAAGUACUAACAAUAGCAGGUCUAUCCCUGGAGGUUUGAUCCUUUAUAAAAAAAACAAUGUUUAAGUUACUAAUCAAACACCCUCAGUAGCCUAGACUGCAACUUCACAACAAGACUAUAGUCUAUAGCUUAGUGUUAACUAAUCCUGCCUGGCAAUUGCAUAUGCUGACAAAGUUGCCCAAGAGGUGACUGUCUUAUUAAUUCCUCCACUUUUUUAAAAAUUCUAUUCCAGACUGCUGAAGAAAGAAGUGACACUGUUGAAGCUAUCACCAAUGAAGUGAAAUCCAUUUUAGAAGAAAUGGGACAUAACUUUAAUCUUAGUAGCAUCAGGGUUAUGGCAUUCAUGCUGCGCAAAAUUCUGUGCACUCUCUUCCGUAGAGUGCUAAUCAACAGAGAAGGCCUGGAGAGGGUAAGUUAAUUCUCAUUGUAAUCAAACCAGGAGGGAUCCAGGAAUUUUUUAUUGGGUGUAGAGGAGGGGGGGAGGGAGGAUCCAAACUUUGGUUCAGAAAGGACUGGACAAACUUUUCUGUUGCAAAUUACUUCUCCCCCACACCCCCCACACCCCAUCCCAAAUAACAAAGAUUGUACAGAUUUUGCCAACAUCAUAGGAGGGUACCCAAAAUCAAUAAAUUACAUUUUUGAAUAUCCCUGGAAUUUAGUUUACUGGCAAAAUGCAAUGCAUGUUUCAUUAAACUAAAAAUCAGCCAGUUAAAAAGUGAUAUACAAUCCUGUCGAUGUAAGAAUGUCAGUCUCAAACAAGCAUCAGGUCUGAUAGGGGGAGGGUGUCCCGACCCUCCCCCUGGAUCUGCCACUGCGAACAAAUUGUUGAUCCACAAAAUGUCCAUACCCCCUGGACCCACCAACUCCCUCAUCCCCCCUUUUUCCCUUGUUUGGAAGAUCGUAAAAAGAGCUUACUCCUGUAAGCAAAGAUGUCACCUGACAGUGGACUUUUUGCAUUUUUAGGCUUUGCUUUUGCACCCAAUUUUUGGCACAGAUUGUCUCAAUAAGAGUGUGAAGAAACUUAUCUUGUCAAAUUUGGUAGCCUUAAGGUAUAUUAAAAAGGGAGAAGCCCACGCUUCCUUCUGACACAUGAGGCUUAAAAAUGUCUUUGAUUAAGCUCCCCAUUUACAUGUAAAAUGCUAAGGUAGAGGAGUUCUUAAUGCCCAAACCUCGUAAAGGGAAGAUGUAACAAAAAAUGUUAAUAAUGUUGUGUCAAAUGGAAUACUCAUGUUCUGUAUAAACUAUCCUAAUUAUGCAGAUAUUAUUUUUCUAUAUUUGGCUUUCUUCAAUUUUAAUAACAAUUAUUAAAAUUGAAGAAGGCCAAAUACAAUAUUACAAUUAUAUUAUUUUGAAUAUGUGUGUAAUUGAAUUGAGUAAAUAAGUAAAUAAAUGAAUAAAUAAAUUGUUAAAUUGUGUUAGCCUAUCAUAUUAAAAUAAAUUUAUAUUAUUUUCAGUUACGAGAUGCUGCCAAGAAGAACCCAGUUGUGUUUAUUCCAUCUCACAGAAGCUACUUGGACUUUCUUCUUGUCUCUUUCAUCUGCUUUUCCGCAGAUAUUCCACUGCCAUUUAUUGCAGCUGCUGCAGAUUUCAUGAACAUGAGGGUCGUUCGCACCCUUUUCAGAAACAGUGGGGCUUUUUUCAUGCGGCGUUCUUUCAUGUCGGAUCCCUUAUACUGGGUUGUGUUUACUGAGUACAUUCAGAAUCAGCUUCAGUUUGGUGAUCAGCCUCUUGAAUUCUUUUUGGAGGGUACACGAAGUAGAACAGGGAAAUUUCUCCAGCCCAGGCUUGGUAGGUGUUAAUGUCCUGCUAAUUUUGCUACCCAUUUUUGUAUAGGAAUAGUGAAAAUCAAAAUUAGUGAAAAGGAAAAUGUUGAAAGAUCACUAUAAAUUUUUGAAAAUGCUACCAAUCAUGCAAACAUUAUUCAAAAGAGAUUUUAUUUAUCAAUCAUGGUCACACCCAUUACAAUCUGUAGAUUGUUGCAUUUUGCAAACAAGUGCUGCAGAUGCCAACUUAACUGGAAACUGGGGUGUGGACCACCAAAAAGUCUGUAAAUUGAACUCCUAGUGAACUGUUAGUGCAUUGUGACCUGCAUAUUUUGCAUAUUAUAUUGUAGGGGUUCUUUCCAUGGUUGUUGACUUGUACACAACUGUGCGAGUACCAGAUGUUCUCAUUUGUCCAAUAAGCAUCAGUUAUGACAGGGUUCCAGAAGAAUCACUCUAUGCAUAUGAGCUGUUGGGAAUACCCAAACCAAAGGAAUCUUUGAGAGUAAGAAUUGACUGAUGACUAUACAGUGUACUGUAAAUUCUCUCGUAAUGGACGCAUCUUGCUUAAAAUAACCACUCCUUAAAAUAUUGCCAACUAUGAGUAAGCAGUGUGCAAAGAAAGUCAUGUCCAAUAGCCCGGGGCUAGUGGAUUUUGCUAUUGGGCUAGUGAUUUUUGCUCUUAACUUGCCCAACAGGCAAGUGCUGUUUUUUGAGGAAAUUCAAAUUAGUAGGAUUGGAUGUGUAAUCAAUCCUACUAAUCAAAAAUGGUUUUGGGGCUAGUUUAAAUGACUUGUGGGCUAGUACAUGCUAGCUACAGCUUGCCCGAAUGGCAGGCUGUAAAACUGACUUUCUUUGCACCCUGGUAAGUCCCUGCUUUCUUGCAUUCAUUUUUCCACUGUUUUUAAGCUGGGCACCUUCCAUGACUAAGGCUUGGCAUUGGGCAUUUUCUUGUUUUUUUUUUGCAUCUUCGUGGAUCAUUGCAAAGCCAAGUUAGUUUAGUUAUUCUGGUCAAAUAUGUCAGCUCAGACAAUAAAAGUAAUUAUGACGAGGUCAAUAAAAGUGUGGAAAAAAUAUCGAGCAAUCCUUACACAAUUAGCUAUGUACACCGCAGGUACGUGUAUGUGCCGCCCCGAAGGAUAUGUUUUUUUUAUUUGCUUUUUAUAGAUCUUAAAACAGGUAUAGACUUUCCCCUUUUUGGUCUGGAAUUGGGUGUGGUUCUUGAAGAAACUAUGCAAGUGUAUGAACAUAUUUCUCAUUUCAUUUCCAAAUGAAUAAGAACAAAAGAGUAUUAAGUGGACUCAAACAGGAUUUAAAGAAAUCUUUUUGUUUAUAGUGUUCUAAGCUGAGUAAUGAUGACAUAAUUUUAGGUCUGAAAACGGGUUUAUGAUUUAGAGGCCAGGUCUGAAAAUGGAUGUGAAAAAUGACAUUUUUUGGUCUGAAAUAGGGCCAGGAGAACUGAGUGGCACAGCUUAUGAAGAAUUCACAGAAGUACCUCUCCCUCUGGGGUUGAGUGUUGUGUGUCCCAAGGGCCAAUUUUCUCAUAACAGUAAUACAUGACGAUGGGUAAUGUGAAGUAAUAAAAUGAUCCUCCAACAAAUUCUCUCAACUAAUUCUUAAAGUACGCAUGGAGAUUGGUCAGGAGAAUUUAUAUGUGGAUAUUGGGCCUUGAAGGGCUAAAUUGACCCAGCAAAUUGACCGAGAGAACAACUGAAGGUACAGUUAUUCUAAUCUGAAAUAUGCUAGUAAAGCAAAUAAGAUAAUUUUCUUUUUAGUUAUAAGUAAUGAGCUUCUUUAACUUUUUUUCAAGGGUUUGAUUAAAAGCAGAUCAGUCCUGUCAGAAGAUUAUGGAAGUAUUCACAUCCACAUUGGAGAACUUCUACCAAUGAGUAGAUAUAUCCAAGGAAAGCUUAACAGAGUAGACAAUGCUUGCAUACCAAGGUAAAAAUGUUAAAAAGAAAGCCAUGAUAAUGAAAAAAAGAUUUUUAGAAGUUGCUGAAAAAUAAAAUAAUGAAGUUUUCCAGAUUUGUUUCCCUUUAAUUGCCCUUGAUUCAGGUUGACAUUCAAUAAUGAAGGAGAAAAAUUGAGUGCAGUGACAAAGUUUACAUAGAUCAAAGAAAAAUGGUAAAAAGUAAGCAAGACUUACACUAUUUAAUUUAGAAUUGAUCGAUGCCACCCACCCAUUUCUAGUAGAAUGUGUAUUUGUGACUGUCACAAAUGACGGUGAUGAAUAAUAAUUAUCUUAUCUUCUUCUUCAAAUAUUUUUAAUUGUUGUUCUUUUUGUUCCUUUUUGCUUCUUCCAGGCACCUCUUCCACUUUCUAUCUGAUGAAGAAAAGAAGGUUGUCAAAUCUCUGGGGUAUAAAAUUCUCUCAGACCUUCAAUUAGGAAUGAUUUGCCCUUCCAGCGUCUUAGUGGCUACUGUUAUGCUUCAGAACUUGAAUGGAAUUCCUUAUGGUACAUUUUCUUCUUUUAAUUUUCUUAAUUCAUGAUAGAUAAGAUCCACUAUUGCAAUAACAAACAGUGUCAAUUAGUCAGUCACCCAGUUAGUUGGUGAGUCUGUUAGACAGUUUGUCUGUCAGACAGGGAAUCAGUCAGUUUCACAACCAGUGACAUUUUUUUAACUUUGGCUACAUCACGAUGAAUACAGUGUUUUUGAGAAGAAAGUGUUGCACUUGCUCUUUUGGCCAUGUGAAUUUAUCUCACUUUCAUUUUUUCUAGGUAAAAGCUAAAAACUUCUCAGGCCCGACCAUACCAUUUUCAUUAUUACCUGAUUAAUUAUCUUACCUCACUACAUGUAUAAUUAUUACUAUCAUUUUAUACAGUCUUAUAUGGUUUGGUUAGUCUUAACACAGGAUAAGACACAGCCAGAGAAAGUUGAUUCAAACUUUGUUGCAUUGUUUAGCCUUUUUUGUCUCUUAUUUUGUCCAUUUGAACUAUGGUAUCAUUUGUUCUUAUAGAUAAAUUGGUGGAAGAAUUCACCUGGAUGAAGGAACUGUGUCGCAUGUGGGAUAUUCCUAUAAAAUCUGCAGGUUUGACAAUGCACUGCAUUGACUAUAUCGAUCAUAAUAAUUAUAGAGAACCUAGCUUAGGUCGAUCUCAAAAAGAGAAGAACAGUGCCCCUUUCCCCUUUAAUACUAUUUGGAGAACAUUCGGUUGUACACUUGAUGGCGGGCUCGUCUUACUGGAGGAAGCAUGGAAUCAUGAUGCUAAGCCUUAAACAAGCCUGCUUCACAGAUGUAAUCUAGCCCUGGCUAGUAAUGUCUGCAAGGUAGCACCAAGAUCCUAGUUCUGGGCCUCCUACAGACUCAACGAAUUACCGGAAGUGCGCUUCAAAUUUCCUCUCAACCUGGUUGGCAAUUUGAUAAUACAUUGUAGCUUUUUUAACUGGACAGUCAUGGUGCAUACCCAAAUCUUGGUGGGCCCCUAGAACAAGGUUUUUGGCACUGGCUCACAGACGGACUUGACCAGAGGUUUUAUUGUUUCGUCUGUGGUGCAGGCUACAAUACCCGUCACAUUAGUUGGGACAGCUUUUCCUCCCCCUUCAAUGUUGGUUUUUGCGAGUUGGCAUGUCAGAAGCAAAAAAAUCAACACUUGGAGGGCAGGAGCACAACUUUUUGUCGGAAUAUGGGUACAGCAUGGGCUGUCCCAACUUAAUGUGACGAGGAUUGUAGCCUUUAACUGGACUUUGCCUGAAACGAACAAGAAGUUGAUGAGGAAAGCCUCAGGCAUAGUGGGCAUAGUGGUAAAGGAUCAACUACCACUGAACAGGAAAUUCUUUUGCGGAUUACUGAAAAUCGCCAAAUAUCAUUUUUUUUUUUUAAGCAGUGGUUGUAAACACUUUCUUUGUAAUUCUGUUAUGUGAAUCUCAGUGUAGUUUUUUUUGUUUUUCUUUUCGAUGCAAGGUGACUCCAAUAACGUAGUUCUGGUGGAUGAAAGUAUUGAUUUCUUAAAAUCAUCCUUGGAAAAAACUGAAAGUGGUUUUGUAAGAAUCAAAGAAUGCCAGACCACAGGAGAUAAAGAAAGAACAGUUCCUGGAACAGCUGCAACCAACAGCCCUGCCAGAAACAUCAAAGAUGAAGCUGCUUUACACAUGCUGUUGGCAUGCAAGAGAAAUGUGCUGCUGUUUCAUUUCUUCAGAACUGGAAUGUUUUCCUUGGCUGCGCAAAGGCAGUCCGCCUCGGAAAAACACUUGGGUGAGUAAGGCGCGUUUAAGAAUUUGUUUUAAAGAAGAUAGUGAGGAGAAGUCGUCACGUCUUGUUGCCAUGGUAGCAAAAUGACUGGAUCUCAAAUAACCAUGGUUCUGCAAAUAUGGCAAAAAAAUUGACUAGUAUGACUUUUUGCGCAUGACUGUACUCAGGAACAAAACGCCAGGCCAUACUUUUUUCCAUCGUUUGACAAUGCAAAUGGCCGUCUCUAGUAAGACAGAUCGUUGAGAUGCAGAAAUUUGGCUACCAUGGUAAUGUGACAUCACACUUUUCCUUUCUGUUAAGAAUCGCGUUUCAGUACGGCAAACAGCAGAUAUCACCAUAAUAUUUCAUCUUGAAACGAUCUUGUCCUUUCCUUUUUUGGAGACCAGUGCUUUUAUCGCGUGUAGAGUAUUAAAAUGCAUCAGAAAGCCAUACUGACUUAUCUGCCCCCACUGGAAUAACUGUAAUUUUUUUGGUUUUAUUUUAGUUCAACUAUUUGCCGACUUUCAGUUUCUGGCAAAACUUUUGGUAAAAGAAGUCCCUCAAGUUACUGAAAGAACCAAUGAGGUAAUUCUAUGCUUUCACAUUCGUGUCACCUCUCUUUGUGUAGGGUGCCUCAUGUGGUCUAUCUUUAUAUGUAUAUAUUUAUUUAUAAUAAACUGGUUCAAGACUUCAGUUUUAGUGCAUCGUUUUACGAAUUUAUGUAUUUAUGUGUGUAUUUCAUUUAUUUAUUUAUUUAUUUAUAUACAGAGAAUAUUACACGGUGGCGAGAAGAAAUGAAUUUUAUGUUCGAGUGGCAAGAACAAUAUCUCACGAGUGAGCGCAGCGAACGAGUGAGAUAUUGCUCUUGCCACAAGAACAUAAAAUUCAUAUCUUCGAGCUAACGUGUAAUAUUCUUUUUAUUAUAUAAACAUACUGAUGACGGCGUUUUUGAUGAUUUUCCGAAGAUUUCCGACCACCUUCCGAAGAUUUCCGAAGAUUUUUCAUAAUUUAAGAGACAAACCUGAUGUCAGUGAAAUUAUCGAUAUCUUCACAUGUAAAAAUAUCGUAUUUUUACGUGUGUUCAGAUACCACAUUUCUCGGUGGUAGAAAUCCUUGUAAAACACUGCAGUUUAUAAUAAAUUUAUUUAUUCAUUCUUUCUUUCGUUCGUUCGUUCGUUCGUUCGCUCGUCCUUUUUCUAUCAUUCUGCUGAGGUAAUCAUCUUUCUUGGUCUCAGUAGCUUGUUCUUCCGGCAGCAGUGUCGACUUUCGAUUGUGGUAAAAUCGAGGAAAACUCCGCUUGUUGUUUUGAAAACGUUCUAUAAAAAAGCCAAAUCGGAGUUACUUUGGCAACUUCGCCAUUUUCUACCUUUCCCUUAUUCUCCUCCAGUUCCUACGUCCUGUGUUUCUAUUUUACUCUAGACUGCAAAACAGUCCGUAUUUUUGCAUAUUCAAGUACGCGCGAGCAGUCAAACAAAAAUCUAAUCUGUGAGGCUCGCGCGCUUCGCGUCAGUAAGACUCUUACGCCACACUUUACCGAUUUCUUUACUGAUUUUGAGAAAAAAACCGACUGUUUUGCAGUCUAGUUUUACUCGUUUUUUUAUUAUUUUUUUCAUUUUAUGUUUUUCCUUGCUCGACAUUUUUUCGGUCCACAGUGUAACCGCAACAGCAAAGAUCGGAUCAUUUUAGGUCUCUGGGAACUGCCCACCUACCCCUCCCCUAAGCCAACAUCAAGACUUAAUUCUCGCUUAGGGCAAAAUAUCGGCUUAGGGGAGGGGUGGGUGGGCAGUUUUUCCGGAGACCUUAAUUGCGGAAUGCCAGUAUUGUUAGCCCCGGAAGAAAGUAUACUUCGUCUACACGAGAAGGACGUAUUGUUUAAAUAAUAAUUUUUGUUUCUUGCAGACUUUUGAAUACUUUCGAGAGACAACUCAGUUACUCGAACAGCAUGGUUCCGUCAACGUUAAAAACGGAAGGGUAGUGUUACUCCAGGAAAAAGAUGUCAGCUUUAGUGCAAACAUGUGGAAACCUAUCCUAACGGCCUACUGGGUAAGACCAGUUCGACUUUUUUCUUCAGAUAAUAAUUUUUUUUGUUAGGUCCCUUCUAUAUUAGAUUGAAAACAAGUUAUAAAAAAUUGUCUCAAAGUCCAUUUUAUUUACUAGAAAAAGCAUAUGCCUUACGUAUAUGUGUAGUUCCAUGUUGUCACUGAUCAUUCUUUUUUUAUCCUGAGUGGCGUAGUGUUACAGUGGACAGAGACAGAGACCACGCCAUGCGUGAAGUGGUCGCUUACAAGAGGUUUAAAAACACUAGAAAUCUAAAAAAACCGGCAGGCCAAAAAGUGGUCGCGGUCGCUUAAUGAGAGGUGUUCGUUUACGAGAGAUUUAAUCGUAGGGCUUUUAAUGGGAAAUUUUUGGUGUGUUUGAUCGCUGGUCGUCUACGGGAGGUGGUCGCACAUGGAAGUUCAACUGUACUGUACUUUCAUUGUAAAUUUUUCCGAGAAAGCUGUUCCAGCGACAACGUAAAAUUGAUCGUCGGAUGGUUCUUUUUCUUUCUUUCUUUUAUUUUCUUUUGACGUUUGAUGAAAACUUGUGGAGCCCCAUCAAAAAGCAACAGCAUCUCUAAAGAGAAAAGCCGUGCUAAAUUUGAGGGAAAUUCGAAACGACUGUUACCUGUUGCCUGUUGCGGAUGGGCCCUUUUUUGCUUAUGAUAUGCCGUAAAAUUUAUAUCCCGGCGUUUGUAUUUUCAUUGAAAUACUCCCUGCAUUACGUUACAGUGGUUUUACGGCGCUCUCUAAAUUUCUUACUUUAGAUCACUUGUCACUUUUUUGUCAAUUGUCCGGAUGGGAACCACGAGAGACCGCUGACUGAGAUUAUAAAGCAGGUUCAGGACAAAGCAGUCGAGCUCGUACUCACAGGUAGGAAAAAGAACGUUUCAAUACCCGCACCUCGGGAUGACCAACGGGAAAACUCUCUUGACCAUAAUUAUGCAACUUAGGGCCUGUUUACAUGGAGGUGGGAGACUCCAGGUAGGUAAGGUAACCCGCUUAGGUGAGUUAUCCCGCCUGUCUACAUGUAGAUAAUCCUUCAUUUUAAUUUGGUCAUGUUUACAUGAUAAGUGGGGUGACCCGCCGCGGGUUACCUCAACCUGGGGUACCCCACCUUUAUGUAAACAGGCCCUUAGGCCCUGACAUCUUUUGGCCCUCUAUUGACAGUAUGUGUUGAUACAGACAACGUGUGUAUAUUUGUCUUUAGGAGACGUAAAAUUCUACGAAGUUCUCUCAUUUGACCUGCUGAAGAAUUCCCUUAUGGCCUUGGCUGAUUUGGGUGUAAUCAAGGCGAAUAAAAGGUGACUCUAUUGUACUGCUAUUCUUGUGUUAAAUCGUCGUGGCAAAAAGAAAUACAGCAAAAACCUGCGAAUAAAAACCUGUUUUUUUAAGAACCUGUUAGGCUAAAAUUUCCUGGUUAGGACCUCUCUUUACAAAAACCUGUUAAGCCUACAAUUUUAAAUAGGUUCUAUUUAAAAAAAAAAUCUGUACACUUGGGCAAAUAAAUAAGUCAACAAUCAGGAUCCUCUUUCGAGACAUAGGUGCCUUAUCACUCCAACUGCAAUGUAAUAGUAUGCAGAAUUUAUUUGCUACAUUUUACUGGCCUUCUUUUUCGUAAAAAAAGAAAAGCAAUUAUUAAGGUGAUGAUAGUAGUAAUUCUGUCAAACUAUUCUUGCUUACUUCCUGACAAAUUUAGUCGAUAUUUGUGUACACUUUUUCUCAUUAGCAUACACAGCACACAACAGACCAAUUCCGAUUUUUUAAAUUUCAUGCUUGGCUGCGAGGCUUGGGGGAAUAAAACAAAAGAAAUCAUCUUGAGGCUCAGCAAUGAAUUAUACAUUUCUUUUGUUUUAUUCUUCCAAGCCUCUGAGCCAAACUUGUAUUAAUUUUAGUAUAUUGAAAAUGGUCUAUUACUUCACUCGGAAAGGUUUAGUCCGAUAUAGCAAAUAUUCGGUGAGACAAUUGACUGUAUCUGGGUGGUGCCUUUGUAAACUUGUAGCGGGCACACAAACGACUGAUGUUCGUUCAAACGUUUAAUUAAUUAAACACUUGUAUUUUGGUAUGUUGCAGUGCCGAUAAUGGCAUUUUGAUCUCAAACUUGUAGCGGGCACACAAACGACUGAUGUUCGUUCAAAUGUUUAAUUAAUUAAACACUUGUAUUUUGGUAUGUUGCAGUGCCGAUAAUGGCAUUUUGAUCUCAGUGCCAAGUAGUGCGAAGGUUGCGGAAACAUGUCAGAAGAUUGGUAAACUACCCUUUUUUUCUUCAUUUGUGGUGAAUAAUAAUGCUUGCGAGUCUGCUACCUUGAUUUCUGCACAGAUUCAAACGUAUUACCCAGUAGCUUUCAUAUUAACAGAGUUACGCUGACUUAUCGACCCAUGAGGCCAUUUCCGAGCUCUAAAACCCUCACUUUCAAAACGAGGCUUUGUGCUAAACCAUUUUUGGGAAUCAUUUUCAUGAUUUUGAUAAAAUACAUGUAGGGCGUAGCUGGCCUCGUGAUCCAGAUAUAAACAAUAUUUUAAGUGAAAUUGGGUGGUUUAUGGAUUGUAAUUAGACCUGUUAGUCAUGCAUGGAAUAUCCUAAAAAUGCAUAACCGUGGAUCCCUUUAAAUCUGCAAAGAACCAGGCCUUAAUCUAUAUGAUCGCGACAUUGACAAGGAAAACUUGCUCGUAUAAACGCGGCUUUUUAAAAAUAAACAGUACUGUAGCACUUCUUCUUACAAGGUUUCUUCGAACCAGCGUAAGUAGGGUUUUCAUUCUUAUAAAUAAUAAUAAUAAUAAUAAUAAUAAUAAUAAUAAUAAUAAUAAUAAUAAUAAUAAUAAUAAUAAUAAAAAUAAUGAGAAGGCGUAGCCUAACUUUGCUUUGCUGUCAUGUUUUGUGUUGAUUUCGAUUUGUUUUAUGUUGUUUUUUUUUUCUGCAGGUGAAUUUCUGGACUUGCCUUCCACAACUGCAGUGUUUCCUGCGCCCCUUUCAAAGCUGUAAAUUAGAACACAGAGCACAAAUCGUUGCUACUCUAAAAAAACAUAAUGGAUUGAUACCGUAACAUCAUUGCCAUGCCAUGGGAAGUCUGCAUUCAAAAAUGGAUUAUUGAUUAUCCUCACGAUUGACAGAAGGGCUCUUGUGACUGCUAUAUGUUUAUGCUGCUGUUUAUGGGAGAACGAA